AUGUCUGCAUUCACUUCUCUUUCGCCUGGCGUCACCUCGUACGGUUCGCCACCUUAUCAGCUCGACAGCUCCACCAAGCCCUUCGACGCCUCCAACCCAUCCGACCGCAUCGGCGAGCUCCAGAAAUUCCUCCUAGGAAGCGACUGGUCUUCGCUCUCGUCGCUGAGACCUUCAGCCGCACCAGUCUUUGCCGUCGCCGACGUGCCCACCUCGUGGCCAGCAUCCAUGGCCAAUCUGCCACUCGUCUCAUCUUCAGUUGAGACCAUCAAGCCCUCCACCAUGCUCAACGCUACCACCGUCGAUGCCCCAGCUGCUGUGGACCCAGCCCCUGCCGCCACGUCGACAUCGACGACUGACUCGAUGUCCACGUCGGCUGCUUGGAUGAGCACCUAUCCAUCACCGCUGACGCCUCCUCACCGUCAGUCCUUCGACACCUGCUACAGUGACUCGGUGGGCUCGCCCGACUCCGAGCGCGAUUUCCACGCAUCGCCCUCGACCUUUGACGAUCUGGACUUCGAAUUUGGCGCCGCCGACACUUUCGCUUUCCCGCUCUUCAACGACCAGUCCUUCGAAGAUCCUGUCGAGUCAGACGUCGAGGAUCCCGUCAGCGUUUCUGCGUCCCAACUACAGAGCGUCAAGCUCGAGGCCGAUCAGCACGACUCGCAGGAGACCGAGACCGACUUUGAUGCCAGCCAGUCUACGGUCAUGCCAACUCAAAGUCAGGUCAAGGUCGAGGACGACGUUUACCGUUCACCUUCCACCCUCGACGCUGCCUUCAAGACCGAGGUCGAGUCUGCCAAGUUCGAGCCUAAGGACGAGCUCGAUCUGUGGACUGCUGAGGACCGCAAGCCUUACUUCAGCGACGACGACGACGUCAAGGAUGUCAAGCCCAGCACGCUCGCCGAGGCCUACGCCUUUGGACACGAUCUGUCCCAGGCCGUCAAAGUGCCGUUCAGCCACGAUGAUCUGCAGAAGGCUUCGCAAGUCGGUCCUAUGCGUCCCGCACGCAGCACUCGGGAUCGUCGCGCUUCGCCCGUCAAGGCUUUCAUCGACUCCGCCUCUGCCAGCCCAGCCCCCUUCGUCGACCCCGUCACCAACACCAAGCGCUGGCAGUGCGACGCAUGCGGCAAACUCUUCGAUCGCGCCUACAACCUCAAGACGCACCGAUAUACGCACGAAGACCCCGAGACCCGUGCUCGACCGUUCGUCUGCUUCGAUGCCGACUGUCAGAAGCAGUUUGCUCGAAAGCACGACAUGCAGCGCCACUACGAGAACGUCCACUGUGGCGAAUCAAGAAGUAAAAGGGGCGGCUCCGUUAAGCGGGGCCGCGCUGGCGACAUGGGUUAG